UUUUUUUUGAUAAUUUAAUUUUCUCCAUUCUUCGAUUUUCUUCUUCCUCUUCCUUCCUCUUUUUUGCAUACCCUUUCAUUCUUCUUUUUGUGUUAUAAGCGAGCAAUUGACGUUAUACUGAAAGCAUGAGAAUUCCAUCGGGUUGUUCCAAACUCGACAAAUCGAUCAUCAUUGACAAAAUUAAAGGCUUAAUUUUUGGGGCGAUAUUAGGAGAUAGCUUGGGUAUAGCAACGGAGGGUAUGACUCGUGAAGAAAUUGCCGGCUUUUAUGACCAAGGUCCGAUUCGAUUUGGCAUGGAUGACGAAGGCGUGCCAUUUGUACGUGACCGAUACCGUGCUCAGUUUGAUGAAAAUGAAUUUGGUGACGAUGGCGAGCAGUUACUAUUGGUGAUGCAAGCUAUUCUUGAUAAUGAAGAUGCGUUCAACUCGAAAGAUUUUGCAACUCUGUUAAGCGAGUAUCAUCAAAAUGGAUUGCGUGGACUGAAUAAGCCUCCCAUCGGCAUAAACCCCACCAAUCAAGCGGUGUUGAACCAUCCCGAAUUUUCAACCAACCCGCAUCAAGCCGCCAUCGACGUAUGGCACAAGCAUGCCGUUCGUGGCGCUAACGGGGCCCUCAUUCGUGCUCCUAUCCUGGGUAUUCCACUCUUCUGGGACGGUACAACCGUCAUUGAACAUACCACCGAGUUUUGCAAAGUCACUCAUCCCGAUCCUCGUUGUAUGAUUUCCUGCGUGAUCGUUUCCACCAUUGUCGCACGUAUGCUUCGAGGCCAGAAUCUGGAAGUGGAAGACAGCGAGCCUAUGCCCUUGCCGUCACCGCCGUUGCCUUUGCCUCAAGACCUGAAAACUCCGACAUCCCCUCGUCACUUCUUUACCGACACCUUGGAAACCGACUCGACCUUGCUUGCUCUUGUUCGCAAUGUGAUCGAAACCAAUAAACGAAUCCUCACUGCCCCAAACACCGAUCCUCUGUUUCGUACGCCUGAGACCGACGCAGAACAGACGCAAACCUACUACCGACAACUUUUGGACCACUGCUACUUUGGCCCCUUUGAUUUGCAUAAACUCCAACUGGACCGUGACGAUCAGCAUCAUGCCUUCAAAUGCCUCGCUGCCAGUAUUUAUGCCUUUACUCGUCACAUCCCUUUGCACAGCGAGACGGAGUACUUUAAACGCAUCAUGAUGGAUCUUGUCAUGCAAGGCGGGGAAGCGGAUACCAACGCAUCCGUCGCGGGCGCAUUGCUUGGCUUGCGCGUCGGCUACAGUGGUUUGCCCAGUGAAUGGGUGGUGGGUCUCAAGCGAUGGGAAUGGCUCGAAGACAAGGUCGAAGAAUUUUGUGCGUUGCUUUGAUCGUGCACUUUAAAAUUCCCCUUUUUUUUUCUUUGGUUUGAUCCUUCUUUUCUUUCUCUCUCUCUCUCUCUCUCUCACUCUCUCUCUCUCUCUCUCACUCUCUCUCUCUCUCUCUCUCUCUGUCUCUCUCUCUCUCUUCUCUCUCUCCCUUCCUCUCUCUCUGUAUCUAUGUUACGCUUCAUUCUCUUUUCGUUUUUCCUUUCUGUUUUUCAUAUGCUGCACUAGAUGGACUCAUCAUUCUUUCGUUUUAUUUGCAUUGUCGUUUAUUUUAUUUUAUUUUCUUAUGACAUUUUCAUCAUGGAACUAGGCCUAUUAGUCUAGAAAGCGGGGGGGCUGAAUGACGGAAAUUAGUGGCCCUCGUCACCUACCAUCAUGCAGUCGAUGAGGCCCUCUUGACCGGUUGGCACACUUCUUUAAUUACCGUUCAAC